ACAGGCUUCUAUAAUAUAGUAUAACCAUGUAAGUCAACAAGCUUGCAAAUUAUGUAACGAGGAGAUUAGCAAAGUACUAUAUACAUCUAUGUGUGUUUAUCACUCCCUUAUUCUUUAGCAGCUGGGGACUUUAGACCUAAUCACACAGAUGGGAAAAGCAGGCAGAUGGAUUAGAAACAUUUUGGUGGGCAAAAGGGUGGACAAAUACAAUGAUGAAACUUCUUUUCCUAUUGAGUGUUUGAAUACCAAAUCAAGGAGCCAACCAGGGAUCUCUAAAGUGAAGCAAAGAUGGCCUUUGGGAAAGGCAGCUAACAAAGAGGCAUCCCAAAAAUUUUCUAUAUCACUUGACUCUAUUGACACUAACAAAUUGGAGAAAUGCAAGAAGAAUGAUCUUUCUUUUUCUGCUGAGUGCAUGGCUACCAAAUCAAGGAGUCAACCAGGAACACCUAGAAUGAAGAGAAGAUGGAGUUUGGGAAAAGUAGCAGCUAACAACCAUAAAGUUUCUAAGUCACUUGACUCAAUUGACACCAUCAAACUUCCAAUGCAGGCCAUGGCAGAAGAUGAGGGUCGGCAAAAUCAUGCCAAUGCAGAAUCUGUGGUACAGCAGAAUUGGGCCAUGGCAAUGGCAGUUAAAGAUGCUGAGAAUGCAGCUGCUACAAAGAUUCAAGCUGUCUUUCGCUCUUAUUUGGCAAGGAGAGCACUGCAAGCUUAAAGGGACUUGUCAAGUUACAGGCACUAGUUAAGGGUCAUCUUGUAAGGAAACAAACAAGUGCUAUUAUGCGGCGCAUGCAUGCAAUGAUGGCUAUUCAAGUUAGAGCUCGAGUUCAGAGAAUCCAGAUGGCAGAGGAAGCACAUCCUGCUGUCAAAAGGCAACCGCCCAUUCACAGGAAUUUCACUCAGGACAAUGGAUCCAGAAGAAUGCAUAAAGAAAAAUUCGAUAAGAAUCUCAAUGAAAUUUGGGGAGUUUCAAAGAGCAAAAGUGGCUAUCUGAAUCUUUCACAAAGUGAGAGGAUAGAACAGGGUUUCACAACAUAUUAUUCUGGACAUCAUUCAAUCUCAAAGUGAGAAGAUCCAUAUGGGGACCCAACACAAGCCUCUUUCACUUUUCAACAAGCUGAUUUUAUAGGUCAUGUGUCACAUGACUAUCCAUUCUUACCAAGUUACAUGGCUAACACAGAAUCUUCAAGGGCUAAAGCCAGGUCACAGAGUGAACCAAAGCAACGCCCAAAUGGGAGAACGAGGCAGAAAAGUAAGCAAAUGGAGUUGACAGAUGGAAUGAGUGUCCCAGUAAAUUAUCAAUUUCAACACUCAUCUUCACACUUGAAACACAAUGGCCAUGACCCCUGGUUUAUCAAGCUCUACCAGUCAAUGAGAUCAUCAAACAGAAAGUUUGAUUCAACGAGCACAACGAGCAGUCAUUCCAACCACUAACAAUAUCUUGAUGCAUAUGAUCCCCAUAUGACUCUGUUCUAGCCAUUGAUCAUCAUAUGGAAGACAAAUGAUUCAAGCUUCAACUACAGAAUGAUUAGGCUGCAAUAUAAAUGAAAGGAGGAGACAUUGGAUUAUGCCAGUCAUAAGAAAACUACAAAGGAGCAUGGAAUUUAAUCCUUAUACUAAUUUUCAUUCAUUUUUUUUCUUGACUGCUCGCAUUUGAUCGUGUUCCUGUCAUACAAUGAAGAACCUAAAAAACUACAAGUAUAUGUACAGGCUCAAGUGAAUUUCAAGAAACAAAAAUUGAUUGAAAUGGAUCUCUUUCUUACAAAAAGAAACUAUAGAGGCAUUUGGUUUGUCAAAACC